AUACUUCUGAUGUUCUUAAAUGUUUGAAAUCUCUUAAACCUUCCCAGAGUCUAGGCCCCGAUGGUAUACCUGCCAUUGUUUUAAAAAAAUGUGCUGAUAUUUUAAGUAACCCACUUACAAGCAUUUUCAAUACUUCUUUUUCUAAUAAUAGUGUACCUUCUCUGUGGAAAGAUAUUAAAAUCAUCCCUGUACCCAAGUCUGGUUCUGGAGAUAGUGUUAAGUUUAGACCAAUUGCCAUUACCUCUCCUUUUUUGAAACUGAUGGAGAAAUUACUGUUACAAAAGCUCAUUCCCUCCCUAAGCUUCUCAAACGAUCCAAAGCAGUUUGCUUACAAACAGGGUAGAAGUACUUUGGAUGCUGCUGCUGUGUUUCAUCACAACAUUGUAUCCUCCUUAGACAAAGGGGCCAAGUAUGUCCGUUGUACUUUCCUUGAUUACACAUCGGCUUUUGACUCUGUACCUAGAGGCCUUUUGUUGAACAAGCUUAGCCUUACACAAACUGAGUCCUGGGCUAUCAACUGGCUGCACUCUUACUUCUCCAAUAGGAUGCAGUACACGGUAUAUAAUGGUGUAGCUUCCUCUCCUUUGCUUACUGAAGCUGGUGUUCCUCAGGGUGCUGUUCUCUCGCCGUUUCUCUUUUCCUUCUUCUUACAUGACUUACCUCUCUCAGACGAAAUCAACUUCGUCAAAUAUGCAGAUGACCUGACUGUUUCGCUUCCCGUUAAGUCUCAUUCAGACUGCUUCAAAUUAAAUAGCUUCCUGUCGGACAUCAGUCAGUGGUCUAAACUAAAUGGCCUAACGCUGAAUCCCUCAAAAUGCCAGACUGUCGACUUCUCCUUUAGGCACAAACGAGAUCUACAAACACUAGUAAGCACUCAUGAUGUCUGUAGAAUUGAGGGGACUAUAAUUGAAACAAAGUCUAAUGCAAAAUACCUCGGAUUAGUUAUAUCUUCCGACCUUACUUGGUCAUCUCAUAUCCAAAUGAUUUCCAAGAAAGUGUUUCGUCUAACCUACUACAUUAAGAAACUCAGACUAACUGGAGUCACUCAACCUCUGCUUUCACAAUUUGUCAACUCUCGUAUCCUACCUAUUCUACUUUACUGUUCCCCGUUAGUCUUUCCUGGGUUACUGAAAAAGGAUUAUACCAUCCUGAGAAGGAUGUUGAAGGUAGUUAGUAGGACUAGCGGUGUAAAACUCAGUCAGCUCGUCACAACAUUAGUGGAUAAGCAUCUGAAUACAUGUGAGAAAUGGUCUAAAACCAUACUCUCUGACUGCCAACACCCCCUCUAUUCCCAACUCUCUCCUUGCAUCUCAUCAGGUAGAACCAGAAAUCAGUACAAAAUAAUAUAUGCUCGUACAACCAAGUAUAGGAACUCAACGAUACCAUAUUUGGCCCGUGUUCUAAGUGACAGAGACAAUGUUAGGCGUGAAACCUAUGACUUGCUUUGUUGUUAAUAACAUAAUUUUGGCCCUUGUUAUUUCCCCCUUACACUCUCUUAUUUGUACUCCAUAGUGAACAACCUUCUUAAACAUACUUA